GGUCAGCUGUUCGUCUGAUCAUAUGACUAGUCCCAUUCCUCAGUACCACCAGUUUCAUGCCCGGUAGCAAUCGACGUUGUUGUCAUCUUGGCUGAGACAAUGGGGUCGUCAAAAGCAAGCUUUUGGGGCAUUGUUGUGGCGAUCUUCUUGGUCAUUGAUGCUGGGCUGUCGAAUCCCGUACAAGCCAAAGAGACUUGGGGCUAUGUGGAUGUCCGCGAGGGAGCCCACAUGUUCUGGUGGCUGUACUAUGCUGACAGCCCUUCCGCAAGUUACACUGAACUCCCUCUUGUGAUGUGGCUGCAGGGCGGUCCAGGAGGUUCUGGCAGUGGCUUUGGGAACUUUGAGGAGAUUGGACCCCUCGACAGGGACCUGCAGCCCAGGAAAACCAGCUGGGUCCAAACCUCCAGUGUGCUGUUUGUGGAUAACCCGGUAGGGACCGGCUUCAGCUACACUGACCAGCCUGACUCGUACGCCACCGAUGUGGCCACGGUCGCCUCAGACAUGCUGGUGCUGCUCAAGCAAUUCUUUGCCAAGAACGAAGACUUCCAGACAACUCCCUUCUACAUCUUCUCUGAGUCCUACGGAGGGAAAAUGGCUGCUGCCAUCGCGUUGGAACUCUCCAAGGCCAUCCAAAAAGGGACCUUGAAAUGUAAUUUUGCUGGCGUUGCCCUUGGGGACUCCUGGAUAUCUCCUUUGGAUUCUGUGAUGACCUGGGGGCCUUAUCUCUACACCACGUCCCUGCUGGAUGACUACGGCCUGAAAGAGGUGACAGGUGCAGCGGAGGCGGUGAAGCAGGCUGUGGAGCAGGGCCUCUACCAGAAGGCCACAGAGCUGUGGUCGGUCACAGAGACGGUGGUGGAGCAGAACACAAAUGGAGUCAACUUCUACAACAUCCUCACCCAGGACCCUGAUGAGAAAAUCACCUCUGUUGCAGGAGAAGGAUUCAUCACCAUGCUGAUUCGCCGCCAUAUUCGCCCCCUCCACCGCCAAUCACUUGCUCAGCUGAUGAAUGGACCAAUCCGGAAGAAGCUGGGGAUCGUCCCUCAGAACGUCACCUGGGGAGGCCAGGCAGAGGAGGUGUUUAGCAGCAUGGCCGGAGACUUCAUGAGACCCGUGGUGGACAUUGUCGACAAGCUGCUGGACGUUGGGGUGAACGUCACCGUCUACAACGGCCAACUGGACCUUAUUGUGGACACCAUGGGUCAGGAGGAAUGGGUGAAGAAGCUGAAGUGGGCGGGCCUACAAGGGUUCAACAAGCUGAAAUGGACGCCAUUGGAUGACCCCGAGUCCCCUGGCAUGACUGGAGCUUUCUGUAAGACGUACAAGAACUUCUCCUUCUACUGGAUCCUGAAGGCAGGACACAUGAUCCCAUCAGACCAGGGACCCAUGGCCUUACAGAUGCUGAAGAUGGUGACCCAGCAGGACUGAUUCUCUCUCUCUCUCUCUGUCUCCUGCUCUCUCUCUCUCUCUCUCUCUCUCUGUCUCUCUGUCUCUCUCUGUCUCCUGCUCUCUCUCUCUCUAUCUCUCUCUGUCUCCUGCUCUCUCUCUCUGUCUCUCUCACACACACACACAUACACUGAUGCCAGCUGGAAUGGCUCUCCAUCAGUUUUUAGACAAUCAAGACAAAUCACCACCAACGGCAUUCUGUUCUAUACAGCAGACUGUAUUCACUAUACUGAUCAAUACCAAAUCUCAGACAGUCGUUUCUUAAGAUGGAUGCUCAUGGACUUUCCUCAUAAGUGAUUGUUUUUUGUAAAUUUAAAGAACAAUAAACUUUUUUUUUUUUUAAAUAAAUGGCUGUUUCAUACUAAAACAAAAGACAAAUCUACAAUAAUUAAACAAUAACACUGAAUAAUUCUUAAUUUUUAUUAUUACAUCCAUACAUGCAUUUUGGUGUUUGAAGUGCUGCAACUUGUCCCAGAGUCGAUGGGAAUACAAGGCUUUUUCAAAUCCUUAAAAUGAAGGGUAUAAACUCUGCUGUGCGAUAAGGCUAGUCAUUAUCAUGCAGUUUCCAUUAAGAAAAAGUAUUAAAAAAAAGGGUUUUAUAUUCA